CGAAAAAAUUCAUUGAAACAGUUUGGAGUGGUGGAGUGUGGUGAUAGUCGUCAGUUUGCACAAUAAGAAUAUUUGCUAAAGACAGCCCCAAAUUGUUAAUGUUAAUCUAGCUGUGCGUGGGGCGAUGGACAUGACAUGAACACAAACACUACACUGUUACGCCUGAGACUGAGAACCGAGAAGCGAAGGAGGAUUGGAAAAGUCGAUGAUAAUUCCCAUUUCCUUGGCAGUAUAUAUACAAAUUCUUUUUGUGUAAAUGUCGAUAAACAGUUUUGCUUGCAACCCGACAACCUUUAGAUGUCGCCACCGCCACUCGCGAGUUCUCAGAGUUCCAUUAUAAUCAGACACUCGGCAUGAAAUAAAACAAAAGUAAUUGCAGAGGAGUGCAGUGCAGAAAACCCAGAGAUCAGAGAUCAGAACACAAGCCACCCGGGGACGAGUCAGAGUCAGGAUCGCAGUUCGAUCCGAGAGCCUAAUCUAAUCCGAUUGCGAGAGACCCCAUCCACAUCCAGAACUUGCCGCAAUGGAUAACCUAAUCACGAUUGUAAACAAGCUGCAGGAUGCGUUCACAUCGCUCGGCGUCCAUAUGCAGUUGGAUCUGCCGCAGAUCGCGGUGGUCGGUGGCCAAUCAGCUGGCAAGAGUUCUGUUCUGGAGAACUUCGUUGGCAAAGAUUUCUUGCCUCGUGGCUCUGGUAUCGUGACUCGAAGACCUUUAAUAUUGCAACUGAUCAAUGGAGUCACCGAAUACGGAGAGUUCCUUCACAUUAAAGGCAAAAAGUUCUCGAGCUUCGAUGAGAUCAGAAAAGAAAUCGAAGAUGAGACGGAUCGUGUGACCGGCAGCAACAAAGGCAUUUCAAACAUUCCAAUUAAUUUGCGCGUCUACUCGCCGCACGUACUCAAUCUAACUCUGAUCGAUUUGCCGGGCCUGACGAAGGUGGCAAUUGGCGAUCAGCCGGUGGACAUUGAGCAGCAAAUUAAGCAGAUGAUAUUCCAAUUUAUUCGCAAAGAGACUUGCUUGAUUCUGGCCGUUACGCCGGCCAACACGGAUCUGGCCAACUCGGAUGCUCUGAAGCUGGCCAAGGAGGUGGAUCCGCAGGGUGUGCGCACCAUCGGCGUGAUAACCAAGCUGGAUCUGAUGGACGAGGGCACCGAUGCCCGGGACAUUCUGGAGAACAAGCUGCUACCGCUGCGGCGGGGCUAUAUUGGUGUGGUCAAUCGAUCGCAGAAGGACAUCGAGGGGCGCAAGGACAUCCACCAGGCGCUCGCCGCCGAGCGCAAGUUCUUCUUGAGCCACCCCUCGUACCGUCACAUGGCCGAUCGUCUCGGAACCCCCUACUUGCAGCGGGUCCUCAAUCAGCAGCUCACCAACCACAUUCGGGACACGUUGCCCGGCCUGCGGGACAAGUUGCAGAAGCAGAUGCUCACUUUGGAGAAGGAGGUGGAGGAGUUCAAGCACUUCCAGCCGGGCGAUGCCAGCAUCAAGACAAAGGCUAUGCUCCAAAUGAUUCAGCAGCUGCAGUCGGACUUUGAGCGAACCAUCGAGGGCAGCGGCUCGGCCUUGGUCAAUACAAAUGAGCUCUCGGGCGGCGCCAAGAUCAAUCGCAUUUUCCACGAACGUCUGCGCUUCGAGAUCGUCAAGAUGGCCUGCGACGAGAAGGAACUGCGGCGAGAGAUCUCAUUCGCUAUCCGGAACAUUCACGGCAUUCGCGUGGGCCUCUUCACACCCGACAUGGCGUUCGAGGCGAUUGUCAAGAGGCAGAUAGCGCUGCUCAAGGAGCCGGUCAUCAAGUGUGUGGAUCUAGUCGUACAGGAACUUUCUGUGGUUGUGCGCAUGUGCACAUCUAAAAUGAGUCGAUACCCACGUCUGCGCGAGGAGACCGAACGCAUUAUCACCACGCAUGUUCGCCAACGCGAGCACAGCUGCAAGGAACAGAUCCUCCUGCUGAUUGACUUUGAGCUGGCCUACAUGAACACCAACCAUGAGGACUUCAUUGGUUUCGCCAACGCUCAAAAUAAAUCUGAAAAUGCCAAUAAAACUGGCACGCGUCAGCUUGGCAACCAAGUUAUACGUAAGGGGCACAUGGUCAUACAGAACCUUGGUAUCAUGAAAGGUGGAUCGCGUCCCUAUUGGUUUGUGUUGACUUCCGAGAGUAUCUCCUGGUACAAGGACGAGGAUGAGAAGGAGAAGAAGUUCAUGCUGCCGUUGGAUGGUUUAAAAUUGCGGGAUAUUGAACAGGGAUUUAUGUCAAUGUCUAGACGUGUUACAUUUGCUUUAUUUAGUCCCGAUGGACGUAAUGUUUAUAAGGACUACAAACAACUGGAGCUGUCGUGCGAGACCGUGGAGGAUGUGGAGUCCUGGAAAGCCUCCUUCCUGCGGGCUGGUGUCUAUCCCGAGAAGCAGGAGACCCAGGAGAACGGGGAUGAGGAAGGACAAGAGCAACAAUCGGCCAGCGAGGAGAGUUCCACCGAUCCACAGUUGGAGCGGCAGGUUGAGACCAUCCGCAAUCUGGUGGACUCGUACAUGAAGAUCGUGACCAAGACCACGCGAGACAUGGUGCCCAAGGCGAUUAUGAUGCUAAUAAUAAACAACGCCAAGGACUUUAUCAACGGGGAGCUUCUGGCACAUCUCUAUGCGUCUGGUGAUCAGUCCCAGAUGAUGGAAGAGUCCGCCGAGUCGGCCACGCGACGAGAGGAGAUGCUGCGUAUGUACCGUGCUUGCAAGGAUGCUCUGCAGAUCAUAGGCGACGUAUCCAUGGCCACUGUGUCCUCGCCAUUGCCUCCGCCGGUUAAGAACGAUUGGCUACCCAGUGGCUUGGACAACCCACGUCUCUCCCCUCCGAGUCCGGGUGGAGCCCGAGGUAAACCAGGACCUCCCGCACAGAGCGCCUUAGGUGGACGGAACCCACCAUUGCCACCAGCAACAGGCCGCCCGGCUCCAGCGAUUCCGAAUCGCCCAGGAGGUGGGGCACCACCGCUACCCGGCGGUCGUCCUGGAGGAGCUCUGCCCCCACCAAUGUUACCAUCACGUCGUUAAAUUGUUGUCAGCAUCGCGAUUCGCGACACAUCUAGGGGAUGAACCUUCAAAAAGUAGCUUGCUGACGAUUAACCCACACAAUACCCAAUCCAAUUCUACUUUCAACAAUUGUAAUUUGAUAUUAUUCCGGCAGAAUCCAAAAUCCGAGAUCAGAAAUCCGAAAUCAACAACGAUGGGAAAUCGAUACAUUUAAAUCGCUUGCGUAUUAUUGUAGUCAUAUAUAAUCUGAAGCGUUGAAACCGAUAUAAAUUCUUAAUAUGUGAAAAGCAACUAGUCGAGAUGCACAUGAUUUCUUUAAUUCCAUAAGAUGUCUUUCGUAAUGUCUACUUUCCUGUGUAGAUAUACAACAUAUGAUCUAUUAUAUAUGAUAUAUGUACAAAUGUGUGUGCAUUUGUUCGUGCAUGUCUAAUUAUUAUCUAUUAUUUUAUGUCCCCUUAUCAAUGGCAUACGCUCAAAAGUUAUGUAAACUAUUUGUAUGGGCAGAUGCUUAGUGACGAUAUUAACCAAUGAUCUUAAUUAUAUAGCUAACUAUUAAUAAAUAGCUUUCGUUAACUGCA